UAAAUUAUACCACACUAACAUUAUUGACACGCGUGUUUUCCGUUUACGAAUUAGAUUAUUAUUUAAUGUUUUAUCCAUGGAAAAUGACUGCUGUACGCAGUACAAAUGCUAGUGCUAGUUUAUUAUUCGCCGGACUGUUCGUUUUGCUGCUAUUUAUUCAUGCAGGGCAAGCGUUAGUAUGUAUCGCGUGUCACGAAACCACAUGCCAUAAUACGAGUUUAUGGAAACGAAUUCCCGACUGUGAGAAAGAUUACGGAGAGGACACGGGAGUGUGCUUCAAAAAAGUUUUGCUACUAGAUGGCGUUAAGGUGAUAAGAAAGGGAUGCGUCGCCGCCAAAUCUCUCCCUGGCCAAUCACCGAAUUUCACCUUUGACUGUGGAAGUUUGACUAAUCCAAAAAGUGUUUUUUGCGGCACUUGUAACGAUAAGGACGAGUGUAAUUCGGGUUAUCUCUCACACAGUUCGUACACGUUGAUUAUGGUUUUUGUUUUUUUCAGUUUUGUUUUUGAAUAAAACUGUGUUUAUUAUACAGUGAGAUUCUAAAAUGAUGAUUUUUUUAACUAGGACUUUGUAGAUAUUGUAUAAAAGUAUUCAAGGAUCUUCGAUUAAACCGCUCGAUGUAUAUAAAAUGGUGGGAGGAGAGAUGGGAAAGACGUACACAUAACAAAACAACCGGGUAUAUUGAGCGUGCCGUAGUCAUUAUCUUGUUUUAGAGUUGAACGGUUUAUAGAGGCUCUAAAAUGGUUUUUAAGACGAGUGUUUUUGUGGUUUUUGCCCUAGUUAUACAAGAAGGUUUGACGUUGAGAUGUUGGAAGUGUUCGUCCCAGUACGAUGCCACCUGUCGCGAUUACUUCAACACCAGCAGGAUUCUGCUGAACAAUCGGCAGAUGGACCCUUACACUUUUGGAAAUCUACAGCCGGCCAGGACGGAUCCUCACGUAACAGAGUGCGAGGGCAUGCACACUUCGACCAUGGGACAAAUGAAGAACGUGUGUCUCAAGAGGGUUUUGACAGUUCCACAUGGACCAAACGAAGUAAUCAGAGAAUGUCGCAUGGUGCAUCAGCAAAUGAAAGUGGGAGCGUGUCCUGACGAGUUGCUCAACUCCCCUGCAAGGAACAUGGAAUUCUGCGGGAGUUGCGAACAUGACGGCUGCAACUCCGCUCCAACUGCCACCGGAGCACUACUCGGGGCCCUCAUGCCCACUUUCUUACUAUUGAUUCUUCGGAAGUGAUUCUACUGUUUACUUAAUGACUGAAAACGGCUUCCAGAAUUAUAUAACUGUACUAAGAAAUGUAAAUAAUAUUGUAUAAAGUUGCGGUCCAAAUUGGGUGACCAAAGAUGCAUUAAUAAAUAUUUAUAAUUCCCGACAUCACUUUGUAUAUAGCAGAGAUAUUCUUAUAUGAACGCACAAUGCUACUGUACAUAAUAUUUUCUCGUUAUUUAUUGCUGUUGUGCGUGAUCAUGCGUGAACUGUGCUUUUGGCAAUGAACCACUAAAAAUGUAAUUUUUUUCGCCUCAAGGUAAUCUAACUUAAUAAGAAAACAAUAAAUAAUUUUAAAAAUCAAUAA